AUGUUAUUGUUCAGUGAUGCUUUCCCAAUUAAAAAGAUCAACGAUCACAUCUGGGAAGUCGAGGGCAAAAUGAUAAAAGUGAAUCAAGGCGUUGAUGAUGCUCUCAUCGGUGCAAAUCCAUCCACAGAAGAAGGUGGUGAAGGUGUGGAUGAUGGAGUUAUUAGUGUGAUCAAUGUAGUCUACUCACACAAUCUGGAAGAGUUGCCCUUUAGCAACAAGAAGGACUACACUGCUUACUUGAAGGAUUAUCUUAAGUUGGUUACAAAGCGUGUUGCAGAGAAGAGUCCGGAGAAGGAAAAAGAAUUUCAGGCAACUGUUCAGAGUUAUUGGAAAGAUACUGUUCUGAAGAAAUUUGAAGAUUGGCAAUUUUAUCGUCCGCCCAAUUAUGAAGCCGAACAUCAGUAUCUGAUUCCAUGCAAUUAUCGUGACGAUGGUGUAACUCCAUACUUUGUUUUCAUCUGUGACGGUCUUGAUGAGGAGAAGUGCUAA